CCGGCCUUUUGGCCGGGCCCCAAGGCCGCGUCCCUUCAGUCCGAGCUCCGGGUGCCGGCGUGCGGACGCGCGGACAGCCGCUGGGCCGUCCGCUCAGCCGUCCGCUCGGCCGCUCUCUGUGCCUCUGUCCGCUUUUCUCUUUUUCUCCCUCUCCCGAGCGGUUGCUGCGGGCGGCCGCGGCGGCGCGAGCCGCGGGUCACGUGAUGAGCAUCCUGCUGCCCAACAUGGCGGAGUUCGACACCAUCUCCGAGCUGGAGGAGGAGGACGACGACGACGCGGCCGCCGUGUCCUCGGGCCUCGACGACGACUUCGACGAGGAUUUCGACGACGACGAGGACGAGGGGAACGAGGACGGCGACGAUCUGGAGCUGCAGCAGCCGCUGCCGCCGCCGGGCCGGGUGGUGAGCGAGGAGCACCUGCGGCGGCUGGCGCCAGACCCGGUGACGGUGCGCGGCACGGGCCACAUCACGGUGUUUGGCUUGAGCAACAAGUUUGAUACUGAAUUUCCUUCAGUUCUAACAGGGAAGGUGGCCCCAGAAGAAUUCAAGACCAGUAUUGGCCGUGUAAACGGAUGCUUACAGAAGAACCUUCCGGUCAGCGUCAAGUGGUUGCUUUGUGGUUGCCUGUGUUGCUGCUGCACCCUGGGGUGCAGCCUGUGGCCUGUGGUUUGUCUUAACAAAAGAACAAGAAGAUCAAUUCAGAAGUUGUUGGAAUGGGAAAAUAACAGAUUAUACCACAAGCUUGGUCUGCACUGGAAGUUGAGUAAAAGGAAAUGUGAAAGUAGUAACAUGGUGGAAUAUGUAAUCCUAAUAGAAUUCCUACCAAAGUAUCCCAUAUUCCGACCCGACUAAAGCAUCACAAUCCAAUCACUUUCACAUUACCUGUCGUUCUCUACCCUUAGUGCCUUGUUAGAUGAUUUUGGAAAGGAGAUGGUCUAUUUUGUUGUGUUCAGAAUGUUAUAAUGCUAGCUAGAAUAGUCUCCUUACUCAGUUAUUUUUGUUGGUUUAAGAAGAAAGCAAUUUGCACAUUUUUUCCCCUGUUAAAUGAGGUUUGUGUUUUGCACUCAGAGUUUUUAACAUAAACAAUAGUUUCCACUAAGGAUCUAACAUCAGUGCUGAUUUCAAACAAACAGAGCUUGUUCUGAGCAUGCUGUCUUUUCAUUUGUAUAGCCCUUGUCUCUUUCUCAAUAUGUUUCAUUUGACUAGGACAUUCUUUCAAAGCACCCUGUUCCUAUAAACCCUUACAGAUAAGCUUUUGGAAACUAGAGCUCAUUUUACUCUACCCUGCUUGCAAAGGGCAUGCAAUUGAUAGCACUGGUUUGGUCCUGCACUUUGCAAAAUCAUCACCUAUGUUACUGAGUCGGCUCCUUAAGCCCUAACUUAGGCCUUGUAUAUAUUGCCUCCUUGCUUAAUCUAAACUGUGAUAUGCCAUGGUUUCCAGAAUGUAAAACUGCUUUUACUGCAUUGCCAAUGAGUCUGCGUAGAUUUGGAAACUACGAAUGACGUUUGGAAGCAUCCUCUUGAUUGUAUAGACCUGUAUAUGCCAGCUUAUGGCCAAGCCAUAACAAAUUGUCUUGGCGUUGUUCAGGUGUUAGUCUAAGUUGUCUGUUGUAACAAGUAGACUUAAAAUGCAUAACUGUACUGAUGUUCUGCACUGUUUCUGAAACAAAAACCUUAGUUGGGAAAGGUUGGACUACAUGUUUACACACACACACACACACACACACACACACACACACACACACACACACACGCACGGAGAAUACACACGUCCCUGUGCCAUCCAGGACAUUUUUGCAGCCCCCUUCUACCUUGCUUUUUUUUCCCACACAAAUUUCCCUGCCCCUAAUGACAUCAGCCAUGUCCCUGCCUCUCUCUCUACCUUUCCCCUGUCAGGAAAAAAGAAGACAAAAUCCUAGGUCCUCCCCUAUACAUGUGGCGCCUCAUAACAGUGUCUGGGGGAGUUGGGAAGGCACCAUCAUGAGCCACUGACCACCUCUGGGUGCUCUGCUUAGCCUGAAAUGGAGAAGCUACAGUUUAAGAUUAGACAGUAGCUGAUUCAGAACUGAUUGAAGGUCCCAAAUCCUUGUUUGAGGGCAUUUUUUUCAAACUGCCCGAAACAAGAAAUUAGAAAAUUGUUUUAAACAUUUGGAUAAUAGCAGUAAUUCAAGGCAUGUAUUUAGCUGGAAUUCUUUGUAGCUUCUGAAUUCUCCAUGUCAGGCUACCUGGUUGGGUUGUACAUGGGUCUUAGUUAAGUGUGAGAGGAAGGAACUCUUCUGAAGUUUAAAAAUGAAAUAUUGGGAGGCCCAGAUCAAGUUAAUAAGGUUGCAUAGGGAGAUACACAGUGAUACGGAUUGAGCAUUUAGAAUUGAGCAGCAUUAUUUGGUCCAUGGUGUUCAUAAUAGUGGCCAUUAGGAGCCCUUUAGGUGCACUUCCUAUUAGAGACUAUAAAGGCCAAGAUUUUUUCACCCAACUGUUAUGUUACAGAUAUUUUGUUCAGAUACCCUCCUGCCUUUACUUUCAGUUCUAUUCUCUUUCCUUUCCCCCUCAAAAAAGCAAAAUAAAAAUAUACUUAAUGUGUGCCUGCUAAUAAUUACGUGUUUGCCUACGGCAAAAUCAGAGGUUCAUUUGCCAAGGUAGUAAAGUGGACACCUCUGAAAAUUCACCUAACACCUUUUGUUUUCCUGUGGAGGUUAGGGAAAAUUAUAUCUGUGGUUUCAUUUCCAACCAGCAUCAUCCAAAUGACACUUUUUUAGACUAUGACAUUUGAAUACCAGAAAUUGGUUUCCAGCCUAUUGUGAGAUGUCUGGUUCUCAUUAAUAGAAUAAUAGCUGUUGAGUGUUAACCUCACAAGUCUCAUUUUCUUUGAGGAAUUGAAAUUUGGUCAGUUCCUUUGGCUGUCAUUUUUACAAUCCGCACCACCACCGACCCUUGGUUUUGUCUGAAGAAUGACACCAAGUUUGGAAUUGUUUCCAUGAAACACGAAACACAUAAGUGUAGAUAACCAGGAGCAGGAAUUAUUCAGGGGGAGGGAAGCCUGUGGCAAGGGAGGAGUGAGUGUGGGGUGCAGAGUCUUGUACUAGUACAGAUAGUUAAUUGUGAGAAAGGACUUUGAUAGCUUUAUAAAAGUAUUUCUAAUGCUGCUGUUCAUUACAUUAGAAUUGACUCAUGGGCUCAUCUCAUUUUCUUAAGUUAUCCAGACACUAUCUACCCAGUUUUCUUUCUUUCUCUUUCUCAUUUUUUGGGUUUGCUUGUGUUUCCAAAUGGUUUUUCUUUUGAGGAGUCAGACAAAAAGUUAGAUGUAGUUGAGCAUUUGGGGGAUUUUGUUUUCUUUUCAAUGACAUUGUCACAAUGGCUUAUGGAUGGAUGAUGACACUGGAGUGCUGUGGUUGCUCAUUGCUCCCCCAGAGUGAGUUAGAACGCAGUUCUCAUUGAUUCCACCAGGAUCUAUCCUUUGGGUUUGUCACAUUUGGUGAAAGGCAGGGCCAGAUUGAGGGAAUCCCAAAGGAAUUGCCUGCUCACGCAGCUAGCUGCUCUUUUCACAAAAUAGUGUGGGGAAAAAGUUCAAAGUAAUGUUCUGUUACCCACAGCCUGGAGGUCUUUUUGCCCAUGGGGUUGUGUGAUAUUUGUUUUUCCCCAAGCUCAUCUUUCCUACCUUUUUUUUCUUACCUUCUGUUCUUGCCUUCCUAUCACAUUUCUUUUUUUUCCCCCCAACUCUCUCUCUCCUUUCUCCCUUGGACACCCCCUUCCCCACUUUGAAACAGUAGUUGAGGCUACACACUGUGUGUGCUUCUCUACUCAAUGAGACUUAUGUCUUCAAGAACAGAGAGGGUAGGAUGGAUGGAUGUCCUUGCCCACCCCUUCCUCCCCCAGCCCUGGGUGGACAGUUUGGUACAACUGGUUUAUGUUUCAGUUUUGGUAGAAGGGAAACCAUUUAUAUGGUUUUGCUAACCAGUACAGGCAAGUGUUCAUUCAUUCCUCGGUUAUAGUUCUCCUGGUCAGGGGUGCUCCCAUCCUCCCUUCCCUGUGCUAGAUUAGGAUUGCAACCAUAAGAGUCUGCUAGCAGAGGUUGUUGGACCUCUGUUGUAUAAAGGUGUUGUUGAAAAAGUGCCUUGUCUGUCUUGAGUAAAGAUGUUAGGCUGAAGUUGGGGGCAGGGGAAGAGCAAAACAAAUUGGUCCAUAGGACUAUAUAUAAGUAGGCUAAAAAAAAAAUCACCCUCCUCAAAUAGCAAUAAACCAUCUGACUAGAUUAUUUUCUUGUUUAAGGUCUGUUAUUUGGGAGAUUUUUUUGAGGGGAAAAUUCAGUCAUGUGGUGAAUGUCAGUGUCAGAAAAUAUUGGCAGUUCACUAAUUAUUUGCCCUCCAUUCGAGGAAGUUUCAUUUCCAUGUUGCCCCAUAAACCAGUGUUCAGGCUAAUUCUUGAGCGUGGGAAAGUGGCAUUUCACUUCCUUUUGGAAGAAAGAGAAGCCCUGGGACAUUGAGCCAUGUAUGAGUGACCCCUGACAAGUCACUUGUAGGUACAUCGCCCGGCUUCAAGCAGUAACUCCCACUGUUAGUGGUGAUCAGCAAUCUUCUCCAUUUCUACUGAGCCAUGUUUGAAAUUUUUUUUUUUAAGGUCUGAGGGGUAUUUUUUUGCCCUAGUGAAAAAGGCUGUAACAUUUGUAAGUUUAUGAAAAUAGUUUUUAUUUUUCCCAAUUCUUAACACUUUUAUUUUGUUUACAAGUUUUUUUAAAAAAGCCACUUUAAAAAAAGUAGUCCCUCACUACUUGAGCUUAAAAUCAUAAAAGCGUUUUGUCUUGAGAUUGUACUGUAUUAACCUGCCUGGGCCAGGUCAGGGAGGCAGAACUUCACUCCCAGCUGGUUAAUUGGAGCACUUUGACCUGUGGGGCUAUUCCAUUUAAGUUUGAGAUGUGAGGCCUGAGGGAAGGCCUCUGAUGGCCUGGCAGGCAGGUGCCUUUUGGCCUUUAUCAAGGACUAUGCCCAGCUCAGAUGGCGUGGAAGGCUUCAUCUCCACAGAGAAGGGAGAGAGGGACUGGUUGGGAUCUGUACUCUUGCAAAUGAAAGGGAAGGGAGUUUUUAUGUUUUCCUCUUCAGUUUUGUUUCUCCUGACUCUGAGCACACGUUUUCUAUUUUGUUGGUUCCAGUCUCCCAGAUCGUGGAAAAUUCGGGAGUGGAACACUUAAUACUGAAUUCUUACCUUAGAGGAAGAACACCUAAGAGCCACCACCACCUGGGUCCUCCCUAAUUCUGCCACACAUAGCUUAAAUUCUCAGUGCCUCACACUUAGUAGCCAUUGACUAGAUAGGUAUUUGGUGAUCAACUAAGUGUACAGUGGCUGCUGCAUAUUUAGAUCCCAAAGACCCAAGGAAGCUGAAGUUCCUCUCCAUCCCCUUGCCUCCCUCCCCCUCAACCUGAGCCCCUCCCUAGUGGUAAGCACUAAUGCCUCUUCUAGAGGGGCCUCAUCACCAGGGAGGGGCUAAGGCCCUGAGGGAUGCUGGCUCCUUGAGUCUUUGGAAUCUGAAUGCGCAGUUGCCAACUGCUAUCCAGGCAAGAAUCCCAACUAUGAUGACAGGGGCAGAUGGGGGUGGGAGGGAAGCCCCAUUUUGACAUUUUAUAGGGUAGGAAUUUCACAUCUUAGCAUCUGGCUCACUUUUUCAAAGAGCCACUCCCUGCAGAUCUGUGGGAAUAGGAUGGAUGCUACAGAGACAUGGAAAGUCAAAUGGUUUAGAAAUCCAAAUGCAAGUCAUUCCUGGCCGAAUUCAGGGCUCUGCUGAGUUCUCUUCGACAAGUGACUUAAUUCCUCUGUACCUCACGUCCUUGUAGGAUAACAAAUCUGGACCUACCUCACAGGGGAAUUGAAGCUCAUUUCAUACAUUAAUGUGUUCUGGAUGACUACUGACAGACGUUCUGAGCGCCACUGUUGUGUACGUUUCAGAAGUGAUCCUUUUAGAUCCAUCUUUGGUUUAUUAGUUGAACCACACUAGAUGAGUGCCACAGCUUGGCUUAGGGCAGCUCUGAGGUUCUCUAUGUCUGUGGCUUUCUACCUGUUAGACAAACACUUGUAGUUUGGGAGUUCCCCCUGCAGACUAUACUUCACAUAUUCUUGUGUGUCCGUACUAUCCUUUCCCUUCUUAUUAGACUUAGUUUGCUGACAGAAACGCUCUUCGAUUUCAAAUGCACAGUAUUCUCUACCCCUUUCUGCAGGCUGUAAGUGUUGUCUGAGAUGACAAACUCUUGGUCUGUUUUUGCUGCACUGGGGAUGUGUUGUAGCUUCAGGUUAGCAUUUGCUUCUGCCUGAGACAGAAAUAUUUAAACGACUUCAUUUAGUGUGUAUACAAAGUAUUGCAGAUGUUGAGAAUGUUGCACUGUUAUGCUCCAGCAUGGGACUUGGAGUUCCCAAAUAUCUUCAACUAAAAUCAGUUCCGCUUGGAAACUUAAUAUAAACAGCAACUUAAAGCAAUAACGUCCCCAGUGUUAACUUGUGUUCUCAUCCUCUCGGUUUAUUCUGUAAAAACAUUAUUUUAAACUCGAUUUUGUUGUCUCCCCAAUAAAUAGAUGAAGCUUUCAAACUAGUUAUCAAUGUUUUAAAUGAAGCGUAAUCUCAAAGCUCACUUGGCACCCCUAGUUAUUUACCAAACAGAGGCAUCAGAGGAUUCCAAGGUGUUUCCUGGAACGAUGAUCGAACAGCAAGGCCAAAAAGCCAGAGAGGAGCCAUUUCACAAGACACUUUGUUGAACUGCCCACUCUUUCUGUUUUGUGGCAGAGGACUCUUGUUGGAACAGCUUUACCAGCGGAGAAUGAUAAUCGUUUCUAUCCAAACCAAGAAUUCUCCUGGACCUUCAAAUGUUAUGUAACCUGUCGAAUUCUGUUUUUCCCUCCUGUAGAAUGUAGUAACUCCCCCCCCACCCAAGAAGAACUCUUCUUAUAUAGCUGUGCCAAAACUGAAGAAACAUGCUUUUAUGAAACUUUCAGUGUUGCUUUUGUCUUUGUUCAUUUGUCAGAUGUAAAAUUGAUUAUCUCAGGAUUGCAAAAUUAAAGUCAAAUGCAAACCAA